UUUAAAUUAUUUUUUUUUUCAAUCUUCUUUUUUUCCUAAAUCAGAAACAUAAAUAUGAAAAUAAAUAUUUUGAUAUCUGUCUAUUUCGUAUACAUUCUCAAUCUGCAGAUUUCUCAGAUUGAUAGCUCGAACAUGAGAAAGAGAAAUAAGCAACGCAUAACAAGAAAUCCUUAUCCAGAUUUUGUAUUAGCUGCUCAGCGGCCACCCCUAAUGUCGGAAAAUCUUGAUGCUGAUGGUGAAAAUUCCUCAGAUGCCCAAUGCAAUGAGUCGGCCCUAAGCGGUGGUAAUCCUCGUCAAAAAUCCACCAACAUUGCCCAGAAGGCAGCUCAGGAAGCAAAAGCGGCCACCGAUGCCCAAGUGUCUGCCGGUCAAGCUGCUGCUCGACAAGUCAAAAUGCAGUUGGCCGACAAGGCACUGCAAGCUGCCAGGGCUGCAGAGGCAGCUUUGGCUGGUAAACAACAAAUUAUGGAACAACUGCAGCAGGAGGUGCGAGAAGCCGAGGCGGUGGUUCAGGAAGAAUCACUAUCUCUACAAAACUCCCAACAGAAUGUCCAAGCUGCAGUUAAGGCCGCAGAACAGGCCCAAGCUCAGUUGAGGACACUUAGUCAAGCUGUUGAAAUAGCCAAGUCCAAUAUUGGGAAUUCCGAACAAGCAGCCAAUGGAGCUCAAACGGAAUAUGCCGAGAAACAACAGUUGCUGGAAGCAGCAAAAAGUCGUGUCGAACAAUUGUUGCGCCAGUUGAGCAGUGCUCGAGCGGAUUUCUCAAGUACCAAACAGGCAGCCUAUAGAGCGGCCUGUGCGGCCCACGAUGCCAAAGUGAAUGCCCAACGUGAUCGACGUCAUCAAUUACAAAGGCGUUCAAAGGAAUAUCGUUUCAAGCAUCAGGCAGCUCGAGGGAACAAUUAAGUUCUAAGUUCUCUUCCAUGAAUUAUAUCGUUUAUUAUAUUUUAUUUAUUAAAUACUUUCUCUACUCUCAAAAUGCUA